AUGUACCGGAAAUCUGACCGAACUCGUGAGUCUGAUUUGGAAUACUACGAGCGCAGAUAUUACAACAACUUGAAAGAUGAUUAUUAUAAGCUUGAAGUCUCCGACUCGACAUUUAGGUGUCCGUUCUGUUUCAACAAGGAUUAUUACUCUUUGACUGACCUUUUGAGACAUGCUAUAAGGAUUGCUGAUGACAUGCAUGAUGAGACUGUGAAAGAAAUUGCUAAACACUCUGCUCUUCAGAGGUAUCUUGACUCUAAAAUUUCUGAAAAUAAGUCGCGCGAUAUGAAUGUUGCUAAAGAUAAGUCAGCUAGAGUGGAUGUUGCUGAUGAUAAGUCUCUUAAUGUGAGAAUUGAUAAGGCUCAGUCAGUUAAUGCGAGUGCUGUUAAGGAUCGGUCACUUAUUGCUAAGGAUAAGUCACCCAUUGUGAAUACUGGUGAAGACGAGUUGUUUGUCUGGCCUUGGAUGGUAGUUUUGGCUAACAUUGUUACAAAAUUUGACCCGAACUCUCGUAAGUAUAUAGGAAAGAGUAAUAAGAAAAUUAAGGAGGAACUGUUCGAGAAAGGGUUUCAGCCGCUGGAUGUUACUACACUGUGGAAUAAGAGUGGGCAGACACAGUUUGUGAUCGUUGAAUUUGGAAAAGAAUGGGAUGCUUUCAGCAGCGCUUUGAUGCUAGAAAGAAGUUUUGAAGCAGAACAUUGUGGUAAGAGAGAUUACUUGGGCUUAACGGAGCGAGGAGAUAAACUCUUUGGGUGGAUGGCACGUUGUGAUGACUAUAAUUUCAGGAAUAUUGUUGGCAAUCACCUUCGGGAAAAUGGGGAUUUGAAAACUGUUUCUGGAAAAGAAGCUGAGGAUAAUAGGAAAGCCUUGAAACUUGUAUCUGGUUUGGCUAACACUUUAAAGCAGAAGAACAAGGAAUUGGAACAAACGGCAAGCAAGUAUGACGAGGCUAAUGUGUUCCUAAAAAGAGUGAUGGGUCAAAAAGAGGAGAUGAUUGAACUUUUUAACAAAGAAAUAAGCAAUAUGCGGAAUGCCGAACGCAGUUAUCUGGAAAGUGUGUCCAAUGAUCAUGAAAAAGCCAUGCUGGAAUUGGAGGCACGGAGGAAUGAACUUGUGUCUCGGGAAAAGAAUCUGCAGAAGCGUCAAGAAGAUAAUCAUAAUGAGAGAAAUAAGCUAUAUCUUGAGAAGAAAAAUAACGAGAUGGCCAUAGCAGAGCAACAAAAGGCUGAUAACAAAAUGAUGUGUUUGGCUGAAGAACAUCAGAAAGAGAAAGAGAAACUUUACAAGAAAAUUCAUGACCUAGAGAGAGGACUUGAUGCAAAGCAAGCAUUGGAGUUGGAAAUUGAACGGCUGAGAGGAGCUUUCCAUGUAAUGAAUCGCAUUGGAGAGACUGAUCUUGAAGAGAAGAAAAAACUGGAGGCGAUAAAAAAUGAUCUGCGUGAAAAGGAAGAGGAACUGGAAGGGGUGGAAGAUCUUCAACAAACAUUGGUUAUUCAGGAGCGCAAAACUAAUGACGAGUUACAAGAUGCACGCAAAAAAUUAAUCAGUUGGAUUGGCUGCCCAAGGAGCACUUCUCGAGUCAUAAUUUCUGUGAAAAGGAUGGGGGACCUUGAUAUUAUGCCGUUUGUGGAGGCAUCCAAGAGAAAGUUACCUGCUGAAGGGAAUGGGAAAGCAGCUCAGAGAAAAAUUGCUGAAGAAAGGAGAAUGAAAGCACUUCAGUGGUACUCACAGUGCGAGGAAUAUCUUAAAGAUCCAAGCUGGCAUCCGUUCGAAAUUGUAACUAAUAAAGAAGGGAAUUCCAAGGAAAUUUUAGAUGAAAAUGAUGAAAAGCUGAAAAGUUUGAGGGAUGAUCUGGGAAACGAGGUGCAUGAUGCAGUAGCUACAGCUCUGAAGGAAUUAAACGAAUACAAUCCUAGUGGCAGAUAUCCAGUACCGGAACUCUGGAAUUUUAAGGAAGGAAGGAAGGCUUUGUUGAAAGAGGGUGUUGCCCAUUUAAUGAGGCAAUGGAAAUUGGCAAAACAAAAGAAAGCUUGA